GUGCUAUCCCAAGUAAAGGCGGUCGUAAUAUCACUCCUUAGAAGGGUUAAACAGCCGCAGAGCCUUUUGGGACUACGACUCUACGAGGCCAUGAUGCCUCCGGCGGCUUCAUUCCCGGUUUACGCUCAACGUUCCACCGCCGACUCUUUUCAUAACCGACUCAUCGACAUUGUAAAAGUUGCUCUCAUCAAAAUUUUCGUAUCUCCUUACGCCACCGUGUGUGAAUUGUACUGUGGAAAAGUUCCUAAUGAAGAAAAGUGGGAUGAGUCUCAAAUUGGCCACUACAUUGGUUUUGAUGUAGCGGCAUCUGGUGUGAAUGAAAAAAAGGAAGCAUGGGAGAGUCAGCGCAAAUUUUACGUAACUGAGUUGUUUGAGCUUGACCCUUGCACUGAAGAUUUGAAAACAUAUCUUCUGGAUAAAGACACACAGGCUGAUAUUGUUUUCUGCAUGCACAAUUUUCAGUUGUGUUUUGAAACUGAAGCAAAAGCGAGGAAGCUUUUGCAUAGUGUAUCAUCUUUGUUGAAACCUGGGGGUUAUUUUCUUGGCAUCACAACUGACUCAUCUACUAUAUGAAUCUUACCUGGAUCAUUCGGUUGACAAGACUGUUGUAAUGGUAUUCUGAAAGUGCUUGCCGGGCUCAAUCGUUGAUCAAGCCUUGGGGCUCUAGCGCCUUGGCGAGGCAUAUCGUGACCUUGCUCAUGAGUCAAGACUGAUUCAUUUCUUGAAAAGAAAAAAUAUCAUGUUAUUUAUACUUCGAUAGGAAUCUGAAUCUUUUUGAAUUUUAACCAUCCAAGAAUUUCAGGGCAAAGUACCAGAAGAACGUUGAAGCUUGCCACCACAAGGGCAUUGGAAUGAAGCCUAACAGUGUCCCCAAUUGCAUUAGAUCUGAGAGUUACACAAUAGCUUUUGAAGUCGAGGAAGAGAAGUUUCCUUUUUUUGGAAUGAAGUACCAGCUGAAGUUUGCAAAUGAUAUCUCUGCUGAAACACACUGUCUGGUUCAUUUCCCAAGCUUGAUAAGGUUGGCCAGAGAGGCUGGCCUUGAUUAUGUCGAGAUUCAAAACUUGACUGAUUUUUAUGAUGAUUAUAGAGCACAGUUUGUAGGAAUGCUACAAGAUGCCAACCAUAAUAUCACUGAUUCUAGGGGCAGACUUCUCCCUAGAGCUUAUGAUGUUCUUGGACUGUUCACGACGUUUAUAUUUCAAAAACCUGAUCCGGACGUUGUUCCACCUCUGAUGACUCCAUUUUUAGUGAACAGAAUUUACAAUGAUGAUGAGAUGACACACAUGGAUUCACAAGGGCUGGGGUGGCGAGAUGAUGAGAGGAAUGGACAGCCCGAUUCAUCUCAGGGGUUGGGAAAGAUAACGGAGCAAAAGGGGAUAUUAGGUCCGGGCCCCGCAGAAUUGCGUUUCCCUGAGGCACUUUGACCCGAGAAACAUCAAUGGGGCACUCAUUGUUGUACAGUUUAGUAGUUUUCAACCAUGACAUACAUGUGUCAGUGUGUCAUUGUUGUACAGUUUUUUGGCUUAUGAGACUUACCACCCAAAUUUUUACCAAUCAUAUAGUGGCUUAAUUAGUUGAAAUUCUUUGGCUUAUCAGCCUUACCCGCCAAUUUUUUGCCAAACAUAUAGUGAUUUAAUUAAUUGAAAUUAGUGUAAAGGACUA